AUGGGAGCCGAGCACACAGGAGCCGACCCGGCCGACAGCGCCGCUCUCGCAUUUGCGCCGCUGCGCGCCAAGGCUGAGGAGGCGACUGCCACGUACUACCUCGAAGGGAAUCGACAGCUCAAAUGCACUGUGAGGAAACAGCCGCCGGCGCCAGGCAAAACCGAAGGCACUGUGGAGGUCAUCUUCGCCUUUCAGGGCCCAGUCUUCAAUCCGAACGAUCAAAAGCAACUUUUCAUGCACUGGGGCGUCGGGAACAAUCCACACGAGUGGAAUGGUUUGAGCCCGGAGCUGCAGAGCGGCAUGCACUCGUCCUCGGAGACGCAGUUUCCUUGGGGCGCCGCCAAAACCACGUUUCCUUCCCCCAGCUCCUCUCCGCCGCCUGUCGUCGUGUUGGCCUUUCCCGAGUCGCUCGUGCCCGCGUACAUGUGCUUUCUGUUUCACACGCAGUGGAACGAGUGGAUUCGCCAGCAGGGGGGCAGCAACCUCGUCCUUGCAGUCCAGCAACUCGUGCAGCAAGUCGACCAGCAGAAGGGAUUUCUCGACACAAUCCUCGCCUCCAAGACAACGCCCGCGCAAAACGGAAAAACGACCCUGCCUAUUGCUUCAGACAACGUCCAGUACUGGAAGGUGCCCUUGGGCGCCGGCGUGGACAUGCAGCUGGUCGCGCUGACGUAUCACAACGCGAUGGCUGCGGCAGUUGAGCUUUUCUCUGAUUUCCCCGCCGCGCUUACGCUCUACUGGAGCGGCGCGAAUGGUCCGCACGACUCCUGGCAAGCGCCCCCGCCCGACAGUCUCCUUGGGCAGCCUGGAGUCGUGGAGACUGAAGACGAAGACUCCACAGACAGCUUCCUGCCGCCGCGGCCCUCGGGGAGGACGGCGCAGAAGAGACGGCAGAGGUGUCGGCCGAGAUCGACAGCCAACGCGUGCAAAAGGAAAAAGUCGAAAAACAGAAAAUUGCGACUACCUUUGGAGGAUUCGCCAGCUACCCCCAAGACGGAAAGGGCUACUGGACGCAGUUCGAGGUACACGAAGCAAUGCUGA